GAGAGAAAUGUCAACAAGAAGGGUAUCGAGAAAAGCAUGCUGGACAUCUUGUGCCUGACAAGUGAAGCUCGCUUUCCCAUCAGCCGUCUCGUCACGCUGUGGCGAAGCGAGCGGUGGAGACCUCGGGUUACCCGCUGGUGUCGAACCUCCCUGGGGAGAACCACAUUUAACAUUUCAAAAUGGUAUCAGAUCGCAGGGUACAGACUGGACGAUUAUUGGUUCGAUGCGUUCUACCAGGUACUCGAAACUCUGAGGGCACUUCCUACCUCCACCUCCGAGUCCAUUCAAAUUUCCGAUUGGAAUGUGCUAGCCGGCAGCCUCAAAAGCGACACCUAUGAUGCUGCUGAUGUUCACCAGGUCUUUUAUCCCAAGGGAGGCGGCAACAGUAACGACGACAGCAAGUCCAGCCCAUCGGCCCCUUCCACCAUCAAACCGGUCCAAAAGACAGCUCGGCGAAGUGGAUUUCUAAGCUCGCUCGACAAGGAAGCCUAUGACGGUCUUUGCCGCCAUCUUCAACAGAACCUCACUCUUCGGUUUCCGGAUGUGCAGCCCUUGUUGAAGAUCAAGAAGGAGGAAGGCGAGGUCAUGGCACAGGUCAUCGACCAUGUAGUACGUUGGGUAAACACUCAACCCGCAGAUAUUGUCGAUACUCACGAGAACAAUAAGCCCUUACGACGACAGGACUUGAUACCUGCGAUCGAAGGUCUUAUGGUAACUACUCACGGGGAUGAUUGGUGGGCUCGGCGGAGGGAAGACGGCGAUGUCGAUGGCGCCGACGAUAUGGCAUCCUGGCUCGACCUGCGCUCACGAACGCUGGAAAGGCAGGUCCUCGACUACGUCCGCAGCCAUAUGACCGAGUUCAGGGAUCCCUCGACGAAACACUAUCUCGACUUGAUGCCAGAAGAACAUGAUGAGCACUAUGCAGAACGCUUCAGUACCGGCGACCUCUGGACAGGCCUAUUUCACAUAGUCCAACACGCCCUUGGUCCUGCAUUUCGUCCGGUGUGGGAGAAUUCGAUCUCCGAACGCGUCGGCGCAGAUAACGCGAUUCAUCAACCGCGGUCCGAGAUGCGCCACAGACCACCGGCCUCAGCCAUCACACGAGCUAUCUGUAGUCAGCUGGGGAAUAUUCCCGAAGUGAAGGAGAAUCCUGCACUGAGAGGCGUGUAUGCCUCGAACGAACUUGGUGCCUAC